GCAGUAAAAAGAAGACACUUACAUACACUUUCCACAUUGCAUGCCACAAACAAACUUGUACUCGACUGCAAACGCGUGUGCAAGCCUAAAGCAAAUUUCACAUCCUAAAGCAUUUACGGGCGCCAAAACAGCACACACGCAGAAUGGGACGCACUCAGCGCCAACGACUUCGUCGCGGCCCACAAACAACAAUCGAUACUAGCGAUUCACUGCACGUGCUUUUUGGCCAGCUGCACGCCUUGGGUUGGCGCAAUCAUAGUCAGCUUUCUGCACUUCAUUUCCCCAAAACUGGACGCGGCUUGUGCUCCAAGCGUCUACGUUUUCAGGCUGGCGAUGAGUUGAUACGCCUGCCCGCCAGCUGUCUCAUAAGCAUAGCCACACUGGAGUCGGAUGCACAGUUCAAGGCGCUCUUCAAUACUGAUUUGUUUGACAAGGAUUCGCGCAUGUCCUUUCAGGCGCUUGUCGCCUGCUAUCUAAUGCAUCAACAGCAUCUGCACGAGACCACGCAGGACUCGCCAUGGUCUGCCUAUCUGGACACGCUGCCAGGCAGCUAUACGACGCCCUAUUUCUGUGCCAUGUCCGAGCUGCAGUGCUUGCCCGAGUCCGUGCUGGAGCGCACAGUGGCACAAAAUCGUCAGAUACGCGAUUAUUACCAGUUGUUGAAGAGCCUGGUGGGUGCACAGCAUUGCGAGUGCUGUGGUCAGCGCUAUUGCGAGGACAUUUGGACUCUGGAGGAGUAUCGGCGCGCCUAUUUUGCUGUAAACACGCGUAGCGUCUACCUCAAUGCCCGUCAACUGCAGCCGCCAGCACGGAGUCAUUUCCAGGCGUUGCUCAGCGGCAGCGCCAAUCUGGCACUGGCACCGUUUUUGGAUCUAUUUAAUCACUCGGACAGCGUGCGGACAACAGCAGAGCUGCAGCUGGUGCCCGGCAGUAAGAGCCAGGAUUAUGUCCUUACGCUCGACGCGUUGUCCAAGCCCGAGCUGAGGCCAUAUGAGCAGCUGUUUAUCAGCUAUGGAGCGCUGCCCAAUCUGAAGCUGCUCACUGAGUACGGCUUUUAUUUGGAGCGCAAUGCGCACGACUAUUUUGAGUUUACGCUGUCGGACAUUGAACAGCUCAUCGCGCACAAUAAGCAGCUGGCGGCGCAGAGCUAUCAUCGCAAUAUCUUUAAGUUCAUCAGGGAGCAUAAUUUAAUGGACCAAAUGUUUGUGCAUAUUCAGGAUGGCUGCUCGCACAAUCUACGCGUGGUGCUGCACCUGAUCUUCAAGCAGCAGGCGUACUUUCCCAAUGUGCUCAAUCAAAUUGCCUUCGGCGAUGUCGACCAAUUCGACAAUGUACAGCCGGAGCUAUCAUAUUUGCUGGCACACAAAAUUAAAGAGUAUCGUGGCUUUGUGGCCGCGCUGGAGCAGCUGCCACAGCUCACGGAGAGCGGCACGGUCGCGCAUGGUUAUCUGUUGGAAUGUUUGCGUUACCUGCGCGAGUUUGAGGCAGCGCAUUGCGAAGCUAAUAGUUAAACCUAAUUGAGUUUUGUUUUAUGCAAUAAACUUUAUGCCACGCUUGCCAGAUCGGACGAUGAUUCACAGCACAAUUCCAAGUCCAACAAGAGGAUAACACCGUUUACGC